AUGGCAGCUCUUGGCGAUGACCUGCUCGCCACUGUCAACAAGUUGCAAGACUUGGUCUUCAACACCAUCGGCAAUGACUCCCUCGACUUGCCGCAGAUUGUCGUCGUGGGCUCUCAGUCAGCCGGUAAAUCGUCGGUUCUCGAGAACAUCGUGGGCAGAGACUUCCUGCCCCGUGGCAGUGGUAUUGUGACUCGAAGGCCUCUCAUCCUGCAACUGAUCAACGUCGACGAGGAUGAGAAUGAUAUGGAACCGGUGCCCAUUGGCGGUUACCAGAACCCCGGUGCUGCUCGUCGUUCGGAAUGGGCCGAGUUCCACCAUAUCUCCAACCGCCGCUUCACAGACUUUGGAGACGUCAAGCGCGAGAUCGAAAACGAGACUUCCAGGAUAGCAGGAAACAACAAGGGCAUCAACAGGCAGCCCAUCAACCUCAAGAUCUACUCGCCCUAUGUUCUCAACCUCACCCUGGUUGAUCUCCCUGGUCUGACCAAGGUGCCGAUCGGAGACCAACCGACAGAUAUCGAGAAGCAAACGAGAAAUCUCAUUUCCGAGUACAUCGCGAAGCCCAACAGUAUCAUUCUCGCCGUCUCUCCAGCCAACGUCGAUAUCGUGAAUUCAGAGGCUCUCAAGCUUGCUCGGCAUGUCGAUCCUUUGGGACGGAGGACUAUCGGUGUCCUGACCAAAGUCGAUUUGAUGGACCACGGCACAAAUGCUCUUGACAUUCUCUCUGGGCGUGUCUACCCACUCAAGCUUGGGUGGAUCGGCGUGGUGAAUCGGUCGCAGCAAGACAUCCAGGGCAACAAGCCUAUGGACGAGGCCCUGAAAUCAGAAGCCGAGUUCUUCAGACAUCACCCUGCUUACAGGAAUAUCGCGAUACGCUGCGGAACCCAGUAUCUCGCCAAGACCCUCAACACGACCCUCAUGGCACACAUCAGGGAUAGACUGCCCGACAUCAAGGCUCGACUCAACACGCUUAUGGGGCAGACCCAGCAAGAACUGGCGAGCUACGGCGACAUGCACUUCAGCGGCAAGGAGCACCGCGGCUCCUUGAUCCUACAGCUGAUGACCCGGUUCGCAACAUCCUUCAUCUCCUCGAUCGACGGUACAUCGACCGAAAUCUCCACCAAAGAGCUGUGCGGUGGCGCGCGCAUUUACUAUAUCUUUAACUCGGUGUUCGGCAUGUCGCUCGAGUCUAUCGAUCCCACCUCCAACCUCUCCGCCCUCGACAUCCGGACGGCCAUCCGAAACUCCACAGGCCCUCGCCCUAGCCUCUUCGUCCCCGAGAUGGCAUUCGACCUCCUCGUCAAACCACAAAUCAAGCUCCUCGAGAUUCCCAGCCAGCGCUGUGUCGAGUUGGUCUACGAGGAGCUGAUUAAGAUUUGCCACACAUGCGGGUCAACCGAGCUGUCACGCUUCCCUCGACUGCAAGCCAAGUUGAUCGAGGUCGUCUCAGAUCUCCUCCGUGAGAGGCUAGGCCCCGCCUCCACCUACGUAGAGUCGUUAAUCUCCAUUCAGAGGGCUUAUAUCAAUACGAAUCACCCCAACUUCUUGGGAGCGGCUGCCGCCAUGAGCCAUGUCGUUAAUGAGAAGCAGGAGAGGGAGAGGAAAAAGUUCAUCAUGGAGGAGCGCGAGCGCCGGGAACGGCGCCGCCUUAAGGAGCUCGGAGCCAAUGGCACCGAGACACCCGAGGAGGAGGAUGAGACUACGGCAGCGGAGAAGGCGGCUAAUGCGGCCAUGCGCAAGCCUACCAAAGGUGCUAGGAGCUCCUCGACUGUGCGCGAGAAUGGCACUUCCAGCAUAGCUACGGCACUCAACGGCAACCGUUCAGCGUCUCCCGCUGGUCUGGGCCCUCAUUCCGUCAACUCGGCCAAGGAUUCAUUCCUGAACUACUUUUUCGGCAAAGAUGGCGCUCCCGCCGCCAUGCCGCCGCACAAUGCCAACAUUGGCAGGCAUGUGAGCCAGACUUCAGAACCCUCCUUCAGCCAGAGCAUUCGGAGGCCAGAGGAGAAGGCUCUCCGGUCACCUGUCCAAACCAUCCGAGAGAUGGAUGACUAUCCUAUCAGGGGAUCUGGUGAUACUUUUGCGGCACAAUUUGGCGCGACUGGCGAGCCUGCGCUAACCGAUCGUGAAGCGAUGGAGACGGAGCUCAUCCGCGCUCUCAUUUCAUCCUACUUCAACAUUGUGCGCGAGUCUAUCGCCGACCAGGUGCCCAAGGCUGUCAUGCACCUGCUCGUCAACCACUGCAAAGAUGUGGUCCAGAACCGCCUCGUCAGCGAGCUCUACAAGGAGUCUCUGUUCGAGGAACUUUUGUACGAAGACGACGGCGUCAAGAAGGAGCGCGAGAAGUGCGAGAAGUUGCUCGAGACGUACCGCGAGGCGGCCAAGAUCAUUGGCGAGGUUGGUGCUUCCUCUCAAGGGCGUGAUGCAAUAUCACAAGCUGAAGAUGCGGCGGUCGUGACUGACAAGCUAGGAGACGACCAUGAUUCGAUAUACUCUUCUGCCGACUCCGAACCCGCAUAUCAGCGCCCUGAAAGUACCCACUCGACCUCCGAUAUAUCCAUGUUAGCCGACACAGAUGACGAGGACGGCUAUGAGGCAUUACAAGCUGGCGUACCCGCAGGUGCCAACGCUUCUACCAUUGACGCCUCAUUGUCUACCAACGGCGGGCUUCUCGGAAAACGCAAGUCACCAGAUGAAAGUGUGGAAGGUUCAGAGAACACUGCAGGGUCUAGAACAGACCACAACAAGAAGGUGAAAAUACAUCACAAUGUGGCCGAUGAGGUUGAGACUUCUGACAAGUCUCAACUUCCGGCUGAGAUCUGGCACCAUAUUUUUACUUUCUGCCCCCCUAGAUCUCUAGGGCGCUUGUUGCUCGUCAACAAGCUCUUUCACUCCUAUCUUGAUCCCUCAUCUCCACCACAUGCCAACUCUUCCACAAGUGCUCCUUCCGGUACACUCUCACCUCUCGGUGCAAAUGCGAUCUGGCAAGCUUCAAGGAGGCUUUUCUGGCCCAAUAUGCCGGCACCUUUGCUUGGGAAAACCGAGCUAGAGAUGUGGCGAUUGGCCUGCUCUCCUUGUUGUCUUCAUUGUGGCAAGCACAGUGCUCGAAACAAUGAUGGGAGUGGGAAUGACCAGCUGCCUGGCCCUGGAGCCAAUGGUGUCUCGAUCAUAUGGCCAUUUGCAACACGAGCUUGCGGCGAGUGUCUAAGGAGUAAAUCAAUGAAGGAACUCGAUAUACUACUCUCUUCGUCAAUCCCCUCUGAUCUCCUCUCAGGACUUCCUGUGGUCUUCGUGACCGAGAGUAUGGAUGCAUUCUCGGCGCGAGCCCUUGAGAAUGACAGGAUAUCAGUCAACACCAAGGUCACCAAGCGCUUUUGGGCAGACGAUGUAGAAAGUCUGAAGCAGGAAUUUCUUGAAGUCAGAGCUCUCGGGGCAGCUGCCGCAGAAGAAUGGCUCAAAGGCCUAGAGGGACGUGGCUCCCAACAGCGCAAUGAUUGUUUGCGAUGGGAGAAAUUCGCAGAAUCUCCCUCAAUGUCGCAGAUGCAGACAAUGCUACAUCCAGGCUACAUUUCCCAGAGGUUCCCGAGCCUGCCGCCGUCUACGAAGAAGCCGUCUAAGGGGCAUCUCGCUGGAAAUGAGGCCCAACCCGAAGUGGCGUCUAGCAACCAGCCACACCCACUCCCUCCUCCGCCUCAUCGUCCAGAGCGGACCAUAGGAGAAGUUGCGGAACUCAAAGCAGCGCGUAAGGCCGAGAUAGAACGACGUGCUGCUCUUCUUAACCCCCCUAUCAAGCCAUCUGUGCUGGUGCAUAUUCCUUCAUUUCAAGCAGCGAUUCAACUGAUCACUCCCUUGGAUGAUAAUGCAUGGGAAGUACUGAGGCCACGCCUUCUCGCACAGCGAGCCGAUGCGGAACUGCGUGAGCAGAAGCAAGCAGCGCAAAGUCGCACAAAUGAGAGUGCUGAGCAACAGCGCGGCCGCGAGGAAAUUCUCAAAGAAAAAGAGAUCCUUGACAAAGACUGGGAGGUUGUGCAAGAACCCCUCCGUCGGCGCAUUGCCCUCCUUGCGGAUGAAGUCAUUCGCGACGCCUGGGGCGGAGGCGAAAAGGUCACCAAAGAAAACAGCCCCAAGUUUGCUGUCGACGUCUUGCUCUAUGUGCGACGCAACUUCUACGCGGAAGUCGCUAAAGAAGCGGCAGCUGCACGAGCGGCCGGGAAUGAGCCUGCGACCGACCCAAUCCAGGGACCCUUCACUCAAAAGCUGACAUUGGAGAAUAUGAAAUGGAUUUUCGAUACCAAGAUCAGACCCCGCACGGAGAGUUACAGGAAAGAGCUGUUCCUGUGCAACGGAUGCGAAAACAACCCCAAGUUUUAUGGAUUUGAAGGCGUCUUACAACAUUACGCUGCCAAGCAUACCACAGCUCUAAGCUCUGGUAACAUUGUGGUUCAUUGGCGAGCCGAAUGGCCGGAGCAUUCGCCCUUCUCCACGGAUCCCCAAAAUUCGAACCGGAAGCAGUACCUACAACAACAGCCACCAGCCUUUGCCGCUCCUCACCUGGGCUCACAGCAGCCGUACACGCAAACAGCCUAUCAGCCAGGCAUACCGCCGGCUGGGCCACCCGCGCAGCCUUUUCCGGGAGGCUCAGUGCAGUUCUCGGCACCACCCUAUACUGAUUCAUAUGCUCCACAGCCGUAUCAUCCUCAGGGCAGCUACCAACUACCCGCAACAGGGUACACGCCAUCACCCUUCCCGAGUCAGGAAGCCCCUUAUCCAUAUCAACCCCCUUAUCAACACGCUGCUCCUGAUGCCUCGCACCCGUAUGCUCCGGCUUCUUCAAACGGGAUGCCAGUGGUUCACCCGCAAGCUUCUCAGUACAGCUACGAUCCAUACCAGACACAUCCGCAAAUAGAUCCCAGAGUGUCCCAGGGCGGACACUAUGCUGACCAGUACCGGUUCCGGCUGGAUGCUAUGGCUCGAGAUGCCAGAGAACUCUGGACAACAACUUCGCAAAUCAAGGACAUGUCAGGGAGCGUCAGGGUUCACAUUGUGAUACACCAUCUCUCGAAACGCUUCAGGAGCAAAUUCAACGAGGCCCCUCCAUUGGCGAUGUUUAUAGACGGGCUGUCAAACAACAAGGACAUGCGGCCUGUUCGAAAUGUGAACGAGCUGAAGUGCAAAGUCUGCCACUUGGGUUUAGGAAACAGCUAUGCGACUGAGCAGGACAAGCGCUCCUUUUCCCUGCCUCAGCUCGUGAAUCAUUUUCAGGCCAAGCAUGUUGAUGUCCUCACGGACGCGCCUGCUUAUAGCCCAGUGCUCGAUUGGACUGUGGACAUGGUUCUCCUUCCUGACGCCCAGGCCCUUCAGCGAGUCAUUCGGUCUACAGGGACUGAUUCUCAAAAGUCUUACCUUGUCAGCGAGGCUUUGUCUCAUCUUCUUGGAUAUCCUCAAACUGCAGCUGCGUGGCCUACUCUGCAAGAAGCCGGCGAUACGCAGAUGCCUUCUGUCGAUAACCAUGACCGGUACUAUACGUCUACGUCACAUCCACCGACUAUGGACUAUAGUAGUCAAGACCAGUCAUUGCAGCCUGGCAUCGGCUAUGAGCCGGCGGCUUCCCAAUCCCAUGUGCCGUCGUAUCCUUAUGCACAAGCACAAGCAACUGACUUUGGCAGUAUCAUGGAGCCCGCCCCGGCAUUGCAGCAUCAGGGUUCCGUGCAACCCUUGGGCCAAGCUGUAAAUAUGGGAAAGCACGGGGAUAGUGGCCGGACAUCGACGCAGUCUCGAAAUCCCAACACCCAACAUGGACGUCAGGGGGGCUCCAAGAAGAGCAAGAAGAACCGCAAGAAGCAACGCAAUGGAUCCGAGGAGGCCGAACUUGCACGCCGGAAAGAAAUUGAAGAGCAGGAGGAAAAGAAGGCCGAGGAGGAGGAACGUCGCCAAGAGGAAGAGAUACGUGCCAUGUGGGCGGCCGAUAGAGCCCAGGCUGCUCGCGCACAGCCGCCGGCUGCUGCUCCUCCUCCGCCGAAAGUGCCCGAGGACGUUCCCAUUUACACUCCGACCUUUACAUCCAACACCACGAGUAGGUCUAAGACCCCGUCAGUGGUGGCCUCAAAGCCACGGUCGCCCCAGGUUCGUCCCGAACCAAGACCUGCUCGUAGGCAAGAGUAUAUCCCCGCCCAAGAUGAAUCGGAUCUGCUCGGAGCUUUGCAGAUGCAUCUUGACGAAGAGCCCCCACGACAAGUUCGAGAGAUCCAGCACCAUCGCCCGUCCAAUGUCAUCUACAUUGACGAUAUAGAGGAACUUCCCGGUCCACAUGAGCGCCGCCAAAGUCCUGAGAUGCCCAUUCGUUAUGUCGAUGAGCACCCAGCUGCUCCUCGCGGGCGUUCCCCAUCUCCGGUCUACAUUAGGUAUGCUCGACAGCCACCCUUAGAGAGUUACGAGGAACGCAGUCCUGGUCCACCCCUCGAGCCAUUCUAUCGCAUCAGAGAGCCGGCACCAGUCCAGGAGGGCCUCCACUACGAGCGUCGGGCACCCCCACAAGAGUACUACCGCGUAUACGCUGAUGAAGUCCGGCCGCGGCCGGUUGAAUACGAGGCGUACGAGCUUGUCCAGGUCCGGCAUCCGGACGGUGACUACGUUGUGCGCCGGCUAGUCCGUACUAUCGUUCCAGAGCCCGAGCCCGAGUUCGACCGCGUCCCCGCUAGGUACUACGCUCGGUAUGAAGACGAGGUCGAGGCUCCGAGACCACUUGUGCGGAGGGAGAUGUCGGCGUACCCGCCGCACCACCGCUAUGAACAGCAGGUCGUGUACGCGAGGGAGCCUGGUGGUGGUGGCGGCGGUGGUGGCCCUCAUCAGCCGCCUGUCGUGUACGAGACUCGCCCGCCGGCGGCCCCUCCUCGCGCGGACCAGAUCUCUAGGGCGGAUCCUGAGUACUACGAGGAGUACGACCCGCAUUUCCCGGCUGCGCAGCAGACGCAGACGCAGACCCACGCUGCCGGGUCGGUGGUCCGCCGGCAGGUGCGGCAGACCAACGAGCUGUCCCCGACCACAGCCCUCCAACGAUCAUCAGACAGCACACCACCACGAGUAGACCGCCACAAGUACUCCAAGAUGGCACAGUACCCUUCCGAGUUCCUCAACCUUGGACAGAGCCCGGCAGACCCCAGUCAGGUUGAAUUCGGCGACUUGUCGUUCUUCACAGACAGCCACGUCACCACGGGCAUGAGCGCCAAUGAGGCCUUUCUCAAACCCUGGCCUUUCGCCUUCGAUACCACCUUCUUCAACUCACAACUGGCUCAACAGCGUCCCGGGCUUGGGGUGGUCUCGCCCAACGCCAAUGCCUGGAUGGCUGUCAGCGGGACAGGCGGUCCCAUCUUCGGUGACGCACCCGUCAUGUCUCUCGGGACCCCUGCUGGGGAGCCUGUUGAGCCAUCGACGAUCUCGGCUACACCAGCCACUGCGCUGCGAACCACGCCCGGUUCGCAUGACGCGCCCCGCAACGAAGGUUUCCAUCUUGCUCGCAGGGCUGUUGGCUACCCUACCUAUCGUUGCGCAUGCGGUGCAACCUUCGCACGUCUCGACGCGCUCAAUCGACACCGCAAUCGCACACCCAAAUUUGAGUGCCCAGAAUGCAAGAACCACGAUGGUGCAAAGGCGUUCAAGCGCCGGGACCAUCUGAUGCAGCACCUCCGCACCUAUCAUCGCCUCGACAACAAGGGCAUGGCUCGUCACAUCAUUCGCCAGAGACGUCACUAA